AUGAGGGAAAUAAUUGCAAUUGCUAUCAUGGUUCAUGAAUAUCCUUUUAGUGUUGUUGAGGAUUCUAUUUGGAUGUGGGCCUUCCAAUAUGCAAACCCUAAUUUUCAUAAGAUUACUCAUAAAACUGCAAGAAAUGAUUGUUUGGCACUAUUUGAGAUGGAGAAGAAAACAUUGAAGAAAUUGUUAGAAAGUGUGAGCAAGAUCAGUUUAACUACAGAUAUGUGGAAAUCUAGCCAUCAAGUAGUUGAAUAUAUGAUUAUUACUGGACAUUUCAUUGACGCGGGAUGGAAUCUUCAAAAAAGAGUUUUAUGUUUUGUGAAAGUGCCUGCUCCAAAGCGUGGUAUUGAUGUUGCUGAUGCUAUUUUUAAGUGUUUGAAAACUUGGGGGAUUGAAAAUAAAGUUUUUUCAAUAUCUGUGGAUAAUGCCUCUUACAAUGACUCAUGCAUAAGAUGUCUCAAAGAGAAUAUAUCUCUAAGUAGUAAGUUAUUCCUUGGUGGCUCUUUGUUUCAUGUUAGAUGUUGUGCUCACAUAUUGAAUUUGUUAGUGCAAGAUGACCUUAGUACAAUUAAGGAUAUCAUUUUCAAUAUUCGUGAAAGUGUCAAAUAUAUUAACCACAACGAUGCAAGACUAAAGGCAUUUUGUGAUGUUGUUGAGCAAAAACGCUUGAAAGAAAGGAAACUUGUUAUUGAUUGUCCAACAAGAUGGAAUUCAACCUUUAAUAUGUUGUCAACUGCUUUGAAAUUUAAGACUGCAUUUGCUUCUUACAAAGAAAGAGAGCCUCACUAUAAUUAUGCACCUUUACUUGAGGAGUGGAAUCAAGUUGAGAAAGUUUGUAAGCUGCUAGAAGUUUUUAAUCUUGCUACUCAUGUCAUUUCAGAAGUUUGGAAGGUUAAACAAAUACUUGAUAAGGAGAUUGAAGAUGAAGAUCUCUUCAUGAGGGAAAUGGUAGGUCCAAUGAAGAAAAAGUUUGACAAAUAUUGGGGGGAAUUUGUCACUAGUUUUGACGAAAUUAUGAGCAUGCUACGUGAAAAGGAAGUUGUUUCUCCUAUAAAAUCAGAAUUGCAAGAUUAUCUUGAUGAAGGUAUUUAUGUUCCUAACACUAAUUCCUUUAGUGCUUUGGACUGGUGGAGGAACAAUAACAUGAAAUAUAAGAUAUUGUCUAAGAUGGCUGCUGAUAUACUAGUUAUUCCAAUUUCAACUGUGGCAUCGGAGUCCACAUUUAGUGCUGGAGGUAGAGUAAUUGAUGAAUUUCACUCUAAAUUAAACGAAGAAUCUGUUGAAGCUCUAAUUUGUGGUGGAGAUUGGUUUCGUCAGAAAUAUAAUGUGAAGAAAAAAUCAAAGGCUGAAAAAGAAGAGAUACAAAUCACAUUGAAGUUUUGA